CUCGUUCGCCGUCGCAGCGGUUGGAUCAGCGGCAGCAUCGGCGCGGCACGCAGCGAAACAGCAGCAGAAGGGCAUGGGGACGGCCGUGGGGACAGCGCUGGCGGCGCGGCUCGGCCUGGGGCUCCUGCUCCUGGCGCUCCUCCUACCCGCGCAGAUCUACUGUGAUCCCAAUGGAACAAGUCCAACACCUUCAAACAAUUCUUCAGCAAGUUCCACUUUGCCAGCUGCCGUAAAUUCACUGAACAGUACCACCGCUCAUGGACAUGGAAAUGCCCUUCACUCCACCACGAGUCUCCUUUUCAUUCUCUCAGUUUCUCUUCUGUAUUUUUGUUGUUAAGAGAAGGGCAGGAAAAUGGCUACCACUCCCCACCCAGUUCUCCUGAACCAUCUGAGAUGGCUAGAUCUUCGACCUAGCAUGAAAAUGAAUCAGUCCAAACUCUGCAUCAAACCAGCUUGGUUCCACUCCAUACUGUAACUAGUACCAGUCUGACCUAGAGAAGCACCCCCACUCUUCUGACUUUCCAAAGCUGACCAAUGUGAAAAGGAUUUGAUCAUCUUCGGUGUGGAGGUGAAACGAUGCGCUCUUUCACCAAACAAGUUUGAAAUUGGCAUAAAGAUGGAAGCAAAAACAGACAGUAUUGACACCCCCUGAUUUAAAGCUGAGAAGAAGUAGUGUUCACAAUAAGGAUGGAUGAUAACGCUCCACCAAGACAGACGGCUAGAGACUUUAUCUACAGCUUAGAAUGAUACCUUGCAGAGGCUUUUACCCUCUAUUUAAGUUCAAUAAAGUCAGAGCUCCUAGAACCACUAGGAAACGAAAGCUCGAAUGGUUCUGUUUCUCACACAGCCCAUACAGUUAUAAUCUAUAGCUGGUAGGAAUGUAUGCAAAAGAUGCAAAGCAAAAGUGAGAAGUUUCUUCUAGAUUUAAUUUGCAUGAAACUGCUGCAAGUCUAGACAUAAAAUACCACAUAUUGUAAGAAUCCUCCUGUUAAAUUUGAGAGUCCUAACCAAAUGGCUAGUCAGGCAGGGCUAGUUUGGAAACUUAAAAAUGACCAGUUUUCCUGAGGGUUGAAUUAGUUACCAUGGGGAUUUGGGUUUGACUUUUUAUUUAAAUUGCUUGCAUAUUGAACCUUAUGUGCCAGAGUAAGGAGGUGUGGAAGCAUUGGGAAAUGUACCAGGAGCUUUUUGUUAAUGAAGUUCAGAGAAAAAAGUGAAGGGUUUGAUAAGUAUCUCCUCUUUCCCCUGUUUCUCCUCCCAAGUUCUACAAGUUGUACAACUUUUCUUUUUUGCUCCUGGGACUUUUCUUAAUUAUGAAGGAUUUAUAGAAUCUCUUGAGUAAUGUUUUAGUGCUGCUUUGUUUUUUUUUUUUGGCACAAGGUGAAUAACUACUUGUUUUGAAGAGUUCUAAUUGUGAUGGUUUACCUUAAACAUGGGCUGAUAUUUGUGGUGGGGAGAAGGAACUGGGGAGGGGGUGGGGAGGGAGGGAGGAAGCCAAAAAGUAAGACAUUAAAUGAUGUUUGGAAUAUGAAGAUUGGAGUCUUAAUUUAAUCAGUCAAUUUAAAAAUGACCUUUGUAAAUAUUUUUUUUAAAACCUUUCUGAAUCAAAAUUGCUAUGCUUGCACAGAUUGUUUCUGUGUCAGUCGACACUUCAUAUCUGAUACUUGGUCAAAGCAAGCUUUGAGGAAGUUCAACUACCUUAAUGAUAUACCUUCUAAAGAGGGGGUGGGGGGAAGGAUGAUGAACAUGAGUAUGUGUGAUCCUAUCACUCUGUAUGGAUACACAUCUCGGUAUAAGAUUGUGUCAUACAGAAGUGGUUCUCUAAAUAUUUUUUUUAAAUCAACGUGUUUCAGUUAUAUUACCACCAAUCCAUACUAUUAUGCAUUAAUAACAGACUAACACAAAUUUAUGUCAGUGAGUUAUACAUGGACAUUUCCUUAUGCUUAUCAUUUGUAUCUAGUAAAAUGUUGAUUGUAUUUUUGUUUGUGUAAUUAUGCUUUGACUUACUAGCUACUGAUUUUCAUUGGAGGGAAAAAACCUGUAAAUAAAAUGGUGGAAAAGCAAUGCAUUCUAUAUGCACUUCCAGACACCACAGAAACUUGUAACUGCAUAAGAUGAAUGAGCUGUUAAGUGAGACAGUGUAUGUGAUUAAAAACCUCGAGGUCUAGAAA